AUGGCGCCGAUAAAGGCGGUCGCGAGGGGCAGUACCAGGUCCGGUGGUGCUGCCAGUUCUGCUAACGUAGCAGGACGACUGGGUUCUGCUAUGUCAAUCCCCACUGAAGGCUCACGAGCCCGGAAUCCUCGGAGAGCCGCGGCGAGAGGUAAAUGGAGUGAGGAGCAGCUCUUUACUAGUGAUAAGUCUCUCCUCAUUGAUUUCGACCUAGUGAAACUGCUUGCGCAACCUCAAGCAUGGAACUGCCUUGAAGAAAGCGAGAAGCGGGAGAUCCUGGCUUUACUCCCCGCAAGUGUUCACCCCGAUGCGGAGACCACCUCGGACGACCCAAGCGCCAGAAUACCUCCAAUCCCCAACAGCUUCAUUCGCUACUCAAAUAACUGGCGUGAUGGUAUUCGUCAGUUCCAACUUGAUCUACAAAAUGGCCGCUACGACCCUGAAUGGCUGCACCAGGCUGAAGAUGCCAGACAGAAACGUGAGGCUGGUGACUUUGACAACUUCAAAGAGCGGGAAUACGAGCGGUUUUGGGGGCAGAAGCAAAAGGCUGUUAUGAAUGCAGCUGCUGGAGAGAUGGCACAAGUGAAAAUUAAAACCCUCAUUGACGAGGGUGCUUUCCGGCUGGGUGAUAUCUGGAAUUUCGAAUAUGUCUACGGCAAGGGCGCGGACAGAAUAUUUAUCCACAAAGAGGCCAGGAUUCUUAAAUUCGAUGGCGCAAAGAUGACCUUCGCAAUCCCACCUGGUGAACGGGUAUUUCUCCGAGACGCGUCUGAUAAAGCCCAGAAAUGCGCUACUCCUGAAAAGGCCGAGGACACGACACAACACGAUAAUCACACGCCCACAGUUCCUGCAGCUUCCAACGAUACAUUUAUGAAAGUUAUCACAGAAGGUCCCUUGCACGAAGCUCCUUCAACCCCGAAACACGAAGAGGUGCAAGUCAACACUGAGACAGAGAGGCAGACUGUCGCAGCACCUUCUAAUGAGAAGGAUUCCGAAAUGACUACAGACUUCAGCGUUAUCAUUGUCAGCCCCGACGGAAAGAAGGAGUCGAACGCUAUUAAGCGCCCAGCCCCAACUCCUCAGUCUGAAUCUGAGCCCUCAGCGAAACGCAAGCGAGGACGACCUUCCAGGGCUCCCAAGGUGGCACCCGCACCGAAGCCUGUGCCAGAGGUAUCUAAAACCGAGGGAAGCGAAUCGACACCCACUCUUCCUCCUGAUUCAAGCGCCGUGGCAGUGGAUCCUGUCACAUCUGUUCCUGAACCUUCUGCAUUUGCAGAGAAACCCACCAUUAUCGAGAUAAAAGAUGAGAGAGCUAAACAACUCAUGGAAAACCCUGAUCCUUCGCCAGCAAAGGCUGAGGCGUCCCCGGAGACUGAGCAGCAUGACACCGACAACCCUGCAAGCUCUCAGCCGCAAGAUUUGCAUCCUACUUCAUCUCAAGCUACUGAAAAUGACCUUGAUGACAUCAUUGUCCCAAACAUCAUGUCGCCGAACGGCCUGGCUGUGAAGAUGCUACAGAUCGAUGGCCGCAUGCCCAAUGGCCGUGUUGCCAAUGGCUGGAAGGACAUCCGAUGCAUCCGAAACAACCAGGACAUAGGAAGUCUCUUUGAUGUCCGAGAGGCUUGGUUCGUUCGGAAUGGACAGAAGUAG